AUGACACCAAAUUCCACAGAUGAUUCUUCAAACGUUUCUGCAGCUCGCACAAUUACUCAACCAGCUGCUGUGGAUUCCACUCACCUCUAUUACCUUCAUCCAUCAGAUUCACCAGGAAUGGUUCUAGUCAACUCAGUAUUUGAUGGGAAGGGGUAUGGAGGAUGGAGUAGGGCCAUAGUCAUUGCGCUAUCUGCCAAGAAUAAGCUUGGUUUCAUUGAUGGAACAUAUUCUGAACCUGAUGCUUCUUCCACUGACUUCAAGCAGUGGAAUCGUUGCAAUGAUAUGGUUAUAUCGUGGAUCUUGAAUUAUCUAUCUAAGGACAUAGCUGAAAAGGUCCUUUAUUCAAAAAUUGCAAAUGCAAUUUGGAAAGAACUUGAGGUUAGAUUCGGACAAUGCAAUGGUGCUCAACUUUAUCAGUUGCAAAAGGAGUUGGGUGACCUAGUGCAAGGGACCUCUGAUAUAGCAGGAUACUAUACAAAGGGACUUAAUGAUGCAUACACAACUGUAAGGAGUAAUAUUCUGAUGCUUACCCCUCUUCCAAGUGUCAAUCAAACCUAUUCUCUUCUCAUUCAAGAUGAGAAGCAAAGAGAAAUUCAUAUUACACAAAACCCAGUUGAGAAUGCUUUUCUAGCACAAAAUCAACCAACCUAUUUUCAGAAAUAUGCUAAUGGAGAAGGAAAGCUGAAAGCAAAUCUUGAAGGAAAGAAGAAUAACCUAGUGUGCAACUAUUGCAAGAAGACCGGACAUUCCAAUGAUAAAUGCUAUAGAAUCAUUGGUUUUCCCUCCACCUUCAAGUUUACCAAAUCCAAAAAGUAUCAAGAAGGACCUCACAUCAAUGCAGUACUCAAGCAUGAAGAAAACACAAGUCAAUCAGUCAACACAAUGGAAGGAAAUGCAACAGGGAAAGUCAUCACUCAAGAGAUUCAGUCAGCUUUACCAACUUCUUCAGCAGGUGAAGGUUGGACAACAUGGUGA